AUGCGUGAAGGUCGAUCGAGAGUGCGAACCCCAUCGCCCCGGACCUUCUGUCUGCACCCCUCUGCGGGCUAUCCUCAUGAAGUCAUGAGUCUCGUCAUCUUGAUCUACCACGAAAUAACUUUGGAUUGGGAGCUCAUUGGCUUUGCGGGUCAUGUCGAUCUCUCGAUACGCGCCUGUCUUGUCUCGCUUGUGUUUCUAGCUGUUUAUGCUGCGUUUGAUCUACCAUCUGUCCUUCGCGCCGACCGGGACUUCCUGUCAUCUCUCGUUGUCGUCUUCGAACAAUCGCCCACACCUGCGAAAACGAUCGAAUGCCUCUCUCCCGCAUACCGAAUGCCGUCUUUUAUGAUUGAACUGUCCAGGGGCACCGUAUCAUUCAAAAUCAAAUCACCCUCCUACUUCGCUCGAACUCUCGCAUAUGGCUACCGCGGGGAAGGCCGCGUGAGGCACAUUUCCGAUGUUUAUUACUUCUGGCAGCGACACUGA